AUGGAACUGAUAAAUUCGAAUAGUGAGAAAAAAAAGCAGCAGUUGGAGGUGUUCAAGAAGUAUGCUAGCGUUUUGACUGCGGAACAAAAGAAGUUGGGAGCGCCGUAUGCGAGCGAUGUGUCAAACGUGAACGCUGAAGAUGACGAUGCUACAGAGCGUGUGUUGAGAUACGACGAUUUCAUACGGUUGAUAUCGAAUUCGCGGUCGUUGUACUCGAAAUUCACGGACCAUUCGUUCAAUUUGAACCAGAUACCGAAGAACGUAUUUGGAUGUAUAUUCUUCGCGAUGGACGAAAAGAACAAGGGCUAUUUGACGAUAAAUGACUGGUUUCAUUUCAAUAACAUCCUCGAGUUCAACAACUACCAUUUGAUCGUGUUGUAUGAGUUCUUCAGGAAGUUUGAUGUGGCGCGGAUCCGCGCGCAGCAGACAUCUUCGAUUGACGACCAACGCAUCAAGUCCAUCAAUUAUGGGAACAAGUUUUUGAGUUUCGAUGAUCUAUAUUUGAACGUUGACCAGUUCAAAUCGACUAUAUCGUUGUUGCAGCGUUGCGUGAACGACGAGUUCAUCAUGAAGAACAAACUAGCACUAAAUUGGAACGAGUUCCGGUGGUUCCCGUUGUACCAUUGCACGCCUUUUGGCAAAUCCUCGGGGAAGUACUUCUCGUUGAACUCGCUCGUGACGAUAUUACAGAGCGAUUUGAAGGACGAGAAGCUAUUUGUCGGGUUCACGAAGCUCUGCCACUUGAAUCCGGCAAAGAACUGCCAGUCUCUUUCCAAAAACCAACUUGCAUAUUUAUUAAAAUUGUUUUACUCGCACAGGAUCUCGUCCGACGUGUUCAACUCCUUGGACCUUUCGAACACCCGGCAGAUCAAGUGCGACAACAACUACAUUCAGUUCAAUGUCAUCAAGGACAUUUUCUAUUUAUUCGAGAACUUUGAUCUUUUAAACCAGGUGUUGAUCCGGUACGCCCAGUACUACGAGUUUGACGAGAACGACGUGCGAGAACAAAUCAUUACGAAGAAGGACUUCAUGGAGUUCCUGAAUAAGGAGUACAACAAGGUAACGAACAUCGUGGAGUUCUCUCCAUCGCAGAUCAAUCUCUUGUUCUCGAUUGUAUCGAAUUCAAAGGAGUCGCGGAACCAAUGUUUGACGUCGAUGCACCAUUCUGACGAGGCGAUUGACGAUUUCAUCCACAGCCAAGUGCAGAUGGGCCCGCAAAUCAACCAGGGCACGAUUAAAGAGUUCAACGAGAAUUACAACUCGAACGUCGACGAGUUUAACCAGGACUUGGCGCUUCAGGAGCACAACGACCGGAAACAGAGCCAUAGCGUUUCCAAUAACUUGGCCACCUCGCUAAUAGACAGGUUAUGGAACAACAAGAGUGUCAAGGACAUUUCCGAGAGCAGGAACCUCACGAUGGAGGAUUUCAUGAAGAUCUUGAACCCCAACUACUUAAACGACAUUGUGCAUUCGAUGGAGUUGAAACGGAUCAGGUCUGAAUCGUGGUAUUCGAAUUUCUACUUUUACCCGAUCUUCGACUCGAUCCACAACUUCACGCUGGGAUCCAUCGCUGGUUGUAUCGGGGCCACGAUCGUGUAUCCGAUCGACUUGGUGAAGACCCGGAUGCAAGCGCAGCGGAACUCGGUGUUGUACAAGAACUCCAUUGACUGUUUCGUGAAGACGUUCCAAACAAAGGGGAUCCGCGGGCUAUACUCUGGGUUGGGGCCCCAGCUAAUCGGGGUUGCCCCAGAAAAGGCGAUCAAGCUUACCGUUAACGAUUUCAUGAGACAGCAUUUCAUGGGCAAAUCGCGGACCAUCAAGUGGUACCAAGAGGUUCUCUCUGGUGCUACGGCGGGUGCAUGCCAGGUGGUGUUCACGAACCCAUUGGAGAUCGUCAAGAUCAGGCUCCAAGUCCAGUCCCAGCAUGCUGGCGGGGCGCUUGAUAUUGUGAGACAGUUGGGAUUGCGUGGGUUGUACAAGGGAGCUGGUGCUUGUUUGUUGCGUGACGUUCCCUUCUCGGCGAUAUACUUCCCAACGUAUGCGCACUUGAAGAGAGACUUGUUCAGGUUCGAUCCGAACGACAAGACCAAGCGGAACAAGCUCAAGACGUGGGAGCUGUUGCUCUCUGGUGGUCUUGCCGGGAUGCCCGCUGCGUACUUGACGACGCCGUUCGAUGUCAUCAAGACGCGGUUGCAAAUCGAUCCAAAGAGCGGCGAAACACGCUACAACGGCAUUUUCCACGCGGUUCGCACCAUUCUCAAGGAAGAAAGCGUCAGGUCGUUCUUCAAAGGUGGUCCUGCGCGUGUGCUACGAAGCUCGCCGCAGUUCGGGUUCACCUUGGCCGCGUUCGAGAUGUUCCAGGGCUUGUUCCCGUCCAAGUACAACCCGGAUGAGGUCGCUGCCUCCGGCGCCAGCGGCGCCAAUUCCGGUGCCAGCGGCGGGUCUCAGGCCUCAGCUGAUACCCCAAUAGUCACGGGAAUUUUCAACAAGUUCUACAAGAACGUCAAGAACGAGCCCCACACCCACCACCACCACUCCACAGACCCCAUGCCCGUAGAACUAUACGGGCCCUCAGUCGACCCUUACUCCAGCAACUUCUUGAACUAUUACUACAAGAGUUGCCAGAUCUCCAAGGUCUUUAUCGAUCUCGACUACAACUUCGCCAAGUUCGACUUCAACGUGUACCAGCAGUUCCAAAACGAGCUCAAACGCAUCUCGCCCAAGUCCAACAGGUAG